GGUUAGAUUGUUCCGUCAAUAUUUUAUUGUGAUUUAAUGGUCGUUAUAUGGUGUGCACUGUGCGUCUCAAACCAAGUCGAACGUGGUAUCUGUUGUACGGCAUAUUUUUGUUGUAAAUUUUUUAUAUCUUUUUUGAGUUUUAUUUAAUUGUACUUUUAAAUAAUUUAACCAAAGUCAUGGCUACUGACGAUUCGUGGAAAACGCAACAUUUUCGACAGAACGUAGUCGCGAAAAUUGACGAAGCGAUACAAGUGUCUGGCAUGCCCACAACAAAAAAUAGCAUGGAAAUGGAGAAUGACGUCUUCCAAAAAGCUAAGACUAAGGAAGAAUACUUGGGUUUUGUUGCCAGAUUAAUUCUUCAUCUCAGAGAAAUGAAUUCCAAAAAGGAUGCGGCUGGUAAUGCACCAGGUACUGCUGGUACCAAUCAUACCUGGUAUGACCAUAAUCAAGUCAUGCCUGAUCCAAUUGGUGCUCUUCAGACGUUGUCCGAACUUUCGUUGUAAAAUUAAAGAAAUACGAUCUCAAAUAUGUGAAAGAAAAUGUGAAUUAUUUUUAUUAUUUUAUGGAGAAAAAAUGUUACGUAUUUGAGAUAUAUACGUUUAAUAUCUUAUCAAAAUACAUUGAGUUUUUUUUCUUAUCA